CAGAAGUGUUAAAAGUGAUUAACAUUAAAGAAAUAUAACAAUUUUCAAAGUGCAAAUGCUUUAACCAACAAGGAUAUCUUCCAACUACAGUCGAUUUUGAAAUCGACUAGCUCUUAGUACAUUUUUUAAGAAAGUAAUAGAAAAAAAAGGCCUUUGGGCCUCUUACCGCCAAGAUGUCGUCUGUUAAGGUGGCGGUUCGAGUGCGUCCCUUCAACUCACGCGAAAUUUGUCGGGAGUCAAAAUGCAUUAUAGAAAUGAGCGGUGCAACUACCGCUAUAGUGAAUCCGAAAGUACCACCAAACUCAAGUGAAGCUGUAAAACGAUUUAAUUUCGAUUAUUCCUAUUGGUCACAUAAUCCAAAAGAUGAAGACUUUUCUACGCAAGAAAUGGUCUACAAAGAUAUUGGCGAGGAGAUGUUACAACAUUCCUUCGAUGGUUACAAUGUCUGUAUAUUUGCUUAUGGACAGACCGGUGCUGGUAAGUCGUAUACCAUGAUGGGUAAACAAGAGGAACAUCAGGAGGGUAUAAUACCGAUGAUAUGCAAAGAUUUAUUCAAUCGUAUCCAUGACACUGAAACCGAUGAGCUCAAGUAUUCGGUUGAAGUAUCCUAUAUGGAAAUUUAUUGCGAACGUGUGCGUGAUUUGUUGAAUCCUAAGAACAAAGGCAAUUUACGUGUUCGUGAACAUCCUUUGUUGGGUCCCUAUGUAGAGGACUUAUCAAAAUUGGCCGUUACAGAUUAUCAAGAUAUACAUGAUCUCAUUGAUGAAGGCAACAAAGCUAGAACUGUUGCUGCUACCAAUAUGAACGAAACUAGUUCACGUUCUCAUGCUGUAUUUACUAUUUUCUUUACACAACGUCGUCAUGAUACUAUGACAGAUUUGACUACUGAAAAAGUUUCCAAAAUCAGUUUAGUCGAUUUGGCUGGUUCCGAACGUGCUGACUCUACUGGUGCUAAAGGCACACGUCUAAAAGAGGGCGCUAAUAUUAACAAGUCAUUAACUACUUUAGGCAAAGUUAUCUCUGCUCUGGCUGAAAUCUCCGCAUCUAAGCAAAAGAAGUCAAAGAAAGCUGACUUUAUACCUUACCGUGAUUCUGUUCUCACUUGGCUAUUACGUGAAAACUUAGGCGGUAACUCUAAAACUGCUAUGAUUGCGGCUAUAUCUCCAGCUGACAUUAAUUACGAUGAAACUCUAAGUACUUUAAGGUAUGCCGACCGUGCUAAGCAGAUCGUGUGCAAGGCCGUUGUUAACGAAGAUGCAAACGCUAAACUUAUCCGAGAACUUAAGGAAGAAAUACAAAAGUUGCGAGAUCUCUUGAAAGCCGAGGGUAUUGAAGUACAAGAAGGGCCCGAUGGCAAAGUGGUUUGUGAGAAGCGCGAUCCAAAUAAGGAUGAAAUCAAUAACAAGGUGAUUGGUAAUUCUGGAAAUAUGAAGUCUCCUUCAAAGACGCGUAAUCGAAAUGGUUCAACUGCUGAAAUGGCUGUAGAUCAGUUGCAAGCAAGCGAGAAACUAAUUGCAGAACUCAAUGAAACCUGGGAGGAGAAAUUGAAACGUACCGAAGAAAUACGUUUGCAGCGUGAAGCAGUCUUUGCAGAGAUGGGUGUCGCUGUUAAGGAAGAUGGUAUCACUGUUGGCGUAUUCUCACCGAAGAAAACGCCACAUUUAGUUAAUCUAAAUGAGGAUCCAAACUUGUCUGAAUGUCUGUUGUAUUAUAUAAAAGAUGGUAUAACACGUUUGGGCACACAUGAAGCGAACGUCCCACAGGAUAUACAACUAUCGGGUUCGCAUAUUCUAAAAGAGCAUUGCACUUUUGAAAGUCGCAACAGUGUAGUAACACUUAUUCCUCAUAAGGAUGCACUAGUCUAUUUGAAUGGACGUAAACUGGUUGAUCCAGAAGUUUUAAAGACCGGUUCUCGUGUUAUUUUGGGUAAAAAUCAUGUAUUUCGUUUCACAAAUCCAGAUCAAGCACGUGAACUGCGUGAAAAGAUAACUGAUAAUGCAGAAAAUGAGAAUGAGAAAUGCGAUACACAGCAAGUCGAUUGGAACUUCGCACAGUGCGAGUUAUUGGAAAAGCAGGGCAUUGAUUUGAAAGCAGAAAUGAAGAAACGUUUGGAUGUGUUAGAAGAACAAUACAAACGUGAAAAAUUACAAGCUGAUCAAGAGUUUGAGGAACAGCGUAAGUCGUACGAGGCACGUAUUGAUGCUUUACAAAAGCAAGUUGAGGAGCAAUCGAUGACUAUGUCAAUGUAUAGCAGUUAUUCACCAGAAGAUUUUCACCAAGAAGAGGAUAUAUUUACAAAUCCAUUAUAUGAAUCCUGUUGGACUGCACGAGAGGCGGGUCUUGCUGCUUGGGCUUUUCGUAAAUGGCGUUAUCAUCAGUUCACUUCUUUGCGAGAUGAUCUCUGGGGUAAUGCAAUAUUCUUGAAAGAAGCAAAUGCAAUUUCUGUUGAGUUAAAGAAAAAGGUGCAAUUCCAAUUUACACUUUUGACUGACACUUUGUAUUCUCCCUUGCCGCCAGAGUUGGCAUCUUCUCUGUCCAAAAUAGUACAAAAUUUUUGGACAAUUGUUCUUGGAGAUAAACGAAUUCUAUAA